AUGACAAGCGUUGGUCAGGCAGCACUUAAGAUUAUGCUACCAAAUAUCUUGGAGACGCAUAUGCUGGCCAAGGACAAGCCAGUUGAGGCGGUAGCGAUCCAAGAAACGGUUGCUGAGGUGAAUCGCCAACUUGAUCAAGCAUUGGAAGAUGGCUCUCAAUGUGCUGCUACUUUUACUUCGAUCGUGGGAAGAAAACCUCCCAUUGUUGUCUUUUUCUUUUGUAAAGCUGAUGAUGGUGGCCAGGAGUUUUGA